AUGUUUGGCAUGCCAAUGAGUGACAUGGAGUUGUCAGGAGUUGAUACUUACUGCAAAGACAGUGCCACCCCAUUUGCUGCAGAGGAGGGCCUGACCGGCCUGCUGACCACCAACCACAAGAUGACCGUUGAAUGCUAUGGAGACCAGGAAGAGUUCUCCAGUGAGGAGCAGUAUGUCCUGGACAACGAGGGAAGGGCUGUUCUCACACAGCACAGGGGAGAAAAAAGACUUUUAUCAUAUGAUUUGUCCCAUGACUUUCUAUAUUUUAAGAAAUAUUUUAUGGUUAUCCCACGAGCUGACCCAGAAAAGCCUGAAUGGAAACUGUUCGAACUGCAGUUUUACAAGCUGCUUCAGUGCAGGGGGACAGGGGUUGGGUGCAGGAACCCACUACCAGUAUCUCAGGAGGCUGGGGAGACCCGAGAGUACCUGAAUCCACUGAGAGCAGGGACAAGCUCUGGAAAGAAGAGGACGUUAGCAGGAGUCAUUUGUCCCAAAAAGAGUAAGCCACUAAAGGCUGGCCCAAAGCCUCAAGGCAGCCUGUUAGCCUUUUUCAAGCCCAAAUCCACACUUGUGACUCUAACUAGGGAAGCCCCAGGGAGUUCAAGUGAAAGGGUCCUGCGUGGGCCGUCCCCAUGCCCCCCUGUGAGGUACAUGGGAACCCCGUUUACGCCGCACAGUCAAGAAGGCGGGCCAAACUUUGGCAAGCAGUUCUUUGUGUGUAACCGCCCUCAGGGCCAUGCAUCCAAUCCUGAGGCUUGCUGUAGCUUCUUUUCCUGGGUGGAUAAUAAAGGAAAAUAG